AUGCUCAGGUCAAGCGGUCCGUUUUGUGUCUCACUGCACUGCUCUCUAUCAAGCGCAUUCCCUGUCAUACUGUCGAAACUCGAUGUUGAAAAGAAUGUUGGCGUAUCAGGCAACCGAAGUAGGGCAACGACACUGUCCGGCUGCCGGCUAAGUGCACGUGUGUUAGCUCUCGAUCCACUCAACAUUCCUGGCUGGCUCAACUGUAGAAAAGACAAUGCAGUGGCAGCAGCCCAACAAUACGAGGCUACCUGCAAGAUCUACUACGAUACUGGACCUGCCAUUUGUAUUCGCAAGCAGCAGCACAAACACAUCGCAACCGACGGCAGUCUUUCUCGGCUUCAACCGGCACGCAUGCGGCACAGCGGGUGUGAUGCAUCGCUUCAAACCGACUCCAAGUCGUCUGUCGUUAGGCCGAUAUGGUACACGCUUGACAACGAGCAAUACACUUAUCAGCCUAAAUAUGACGGUCUUCUUCACGACACACCAUCCAACACUCAACGCAAUUCUUUCAACACCAAUGCCAACCUCGUGUUUUCCAUCCGGCUGCCACACGUAAGAACCUAUUUACAGACGCAUCGGACUAAUUUCCAUGAUAUGGCAGAGCAACAGUGCAAGCAAAUUGACUCCACAAAUGAGGAUCUUACCGCGAAAUGCGACACCCAGCAAGCCGCAACUUCUUUAGGUCGCUUCUCCGUCGACGACUGCAGAGUCGACUAUACAUCGACUUCUGGAACGCGGAAAAGAAAAUGUGCGCAUUAUUCAAAGGAGCAAGUUAAGGAACUGGAACAACGGUUUAUUCAAGAUAAGUACAUUGGCACUCACGAACGCAGAGAACUGGCUCGACGCUUGGGUCUCACCGAUAUCCAGCUCUCGAUCCACUCUACAUUCCUGCCUGGCUCAGUUGUGGCAGCAGCACAGCAAUACGGGGCCACCUACGGGAUCUACUACGAUACUGGACCUGCCAAUUGCAUCCGCAACCAGCAGCACAAACACAUCGCCAUGGACGGCAGUCUAACCCAGCUUCAACCUCCACGUAGACUGCACAGCGGGUGUGAUGCGUCGACUCAAACGGACCCCAAGUCGUGGGGCGACGGGACGAUAGGGAACACGCUUGACAGCGAGCAGUACGGUGAGGAACAAAUCGAACCACUUGACCUGAGUGUUCGAUCCAAGCCUCCUCCAGCCACUACCUGUGAAGCUCCAUCAGCUUAUCUUCACGAGACUCCAUCCAACACCCAUUCCAAUUCCUUCGACACCAAUGCAAAUCUCCUCUUUCUAAGCCUACUGCAACUACUAGGAACCCAUGUACAGACACAUCGAACGACUUUCCAAGAAGUUGCAGUGCAGUUGUGCAAGCAAAUCGACUCCAAAAUUCAGGAUCAUCCCGCGAAAUGUAGCACCAAGCAUGCCUCGACUUUUUCAACUCAUGUAGCCAUCGACGACUGCAGCACCGAGUCGGCUUCGAUACCUAGAACGAGGAAACGAAAAUAUGCGCGUUUUUCAGACGAUCAAAUUUGGGAGCUUAAAAAUCGGUAUUUUAAAAAGAAUAAAAUCUCUCUUAGCGAAUGCAGAGAACUGGGUGGACGCAUAGGUCUCACUGCUGUGCAGGUAAGGUGA